ACGAUCACCAACGACGACGUCCCGCCGCCCGUCCCCGGCGAUUUCUCGAUCAGCGACGUGACGCUGGCGGAAGGCAAUAUGGGCACCACCGCCUUCGUCUUCACGGUCACCCGCAGCGGCGGCGAUGACGGCACGGUGACGGUGAAUUACGCGACGGCCGACGGCACCGGCGUUGCCGGCGAGGAUUAUACCGCCGCAAGCGGCACUUUGACCUUCCUCGAUGGCGAGACCACGAAGACGAUCACCGUCCUCGUCAGCGGCGACGUCUCGGUAGAGCCGAACGAGACCUUCUUCGUGAAUCUUUCAGGCCCGACCGGCGGCGCCACGAUCACGGAUGGCCAGGGCCUGGGCACGAUUACCAACGACGACAAUGCCGGCUCGAUCUCGAUCGGCGACGUGACUCUCGCGGAAGGCAAUAGCGGCACCACCGCCUUCACCUUCACCGUCCUGCGCAGCGGCGGCAGCUCCGGCGCGGUCGGCGCGACCUGGACGCUGGACGCGCCCGGCGGGGCGAACCUGGCCGACCUGGUCGAUUUCGCGCCUGGCCAGCCGACCACCGGCACGGUCAGCUUCGCCGACGGCGAGACCUCCGCGACCAUCACCAUCCUGGUCCAGGGCGAUGUGACCUUCGAGGACACCGAGACCUUCCUCGUCAGCCUCUCCAACCCGACCGGCGGCGUCGCCAUCGGCCACGGCAAUCGCACCGGCGAGAUCCAGAACGACGAU